GGCCUGCAAUUUCACCUUCGCCUUCGCCAUAUUCCAUAUUCCAUAUUCCAUAUCUUCAAUGAAAUCAAAUCUCCAGCGUCUCAAGUUCGAAAGCGACGCCAAUUUCAAAGAAAUGAUGUCAGCUUGUUGGGAAGCAUUUGAGAAUCCAUUCAAUUCCUAUCUGCGGAUAGUCUACUAUCUCAAAGAUGACUCCCCGCAGGAACGAGAGCGAUCUAUUCAGAUAGCCACAGAAUCCGCAGUAAGACACCAUGCAAAGAAAUCUCCCAAUAGCUAUUGGAUGAAAGUAGUUGAGCCAACGCAUGGAAAGCUGGUGGGAGCUGCAAAUUGGGUUUACUUUGAAGGAAAUUCAGACACUGUCAAUCAAUCAGACCCAGUCGUUGCUGUUUGGUGGCCAGAGGGAAUCGGUCGAGAAUAUGCCAACAAUUUUAUGCGACAAAUUGAUGUCCAUAAGUAUUACCUACAAUGUAAUCGACCAUACUUGCUCUUGAACAUCGCGUUCACCAUUCCAGCAUUUCGAAGGAGAGGUGGUAUGAAGUUGGUGAUGGAUUGGGGCAUCUCAAAAGCUGAUGAAUUAGGGGUCGAUGCAUAUGUAGAGGCGACCAAGACGGGAAGAUUACUAUACGAAAAGUAUGGAUUCAUGACAUACUAUAAGGUGGUGGUGAACACCAGUAUUGAAAAUCCAUGUGCGACUUGGACAAAUCUGGAGACAAAACUGCCUCCUGAGCCUCAGUACUUUAUGUGGAGACCCAUUAGAGGGAAAUUCGAGGUUGGAAAAACAUGGCUACCAUGGGGAACUGAGCCUUUCAUUCCCAUGAGGAGCUACACUUACCCGGGGAGACAUUGAUUGAAUAUUUGGAACUGGUUUCGCACAAACUGUUGGCAUGGGCAAUUUGUAUUUCAAGACAUCUCUGGGUAGCCACCCUGUGGCCAAUACUAAGUAAGAGCAGUCCCUCAUCACAAACCUGGAAUCCUCCAAUGCACUUAUAUCCUUCACACACUUGCUGAUGUAAAAUCCAUAGGAUAGUUUUUAUACAUAGAGAGACCAACAUAGACAUGGUCAAGCUUUUCAGAAUGUGAACCUUUACAUUUGGUUUGAUUGCAUCUUGGUUGGUGCCACCACGUCCCUCGGCCCUAUGAGUUUUGCUUCGCAGAUAUUGUGUCGGUUUGCAAGUAACAAGGUCGUGAUGGCAAUUUCUUUGUGAGUAGUGAUUAUCUUUGAAUAUCAGAGGCCGCAGAGUUUCGCGAUAACAUGAUCAGUUGUAUCAGGGCUGGAGUCUUGGCUCGAGGAGAGACGGCCAUCUUCCGGCCCUCUUCCCAUGAAUGUGUAUUCCUUUGUCAUGAGUCCUGGAUGGUUUCUCGUAUUUCGGUUUGAUGAUACAAAGAGGGUGAACAACGUCGAAGAGAUUGUCGUUGGGCAAGGCUCAUCUAUCCAUGGUAUGAAAGCGCGUAUAGCCGUUUCAUAUUGGAGCUAACCCUAUGAGCACAUGCCGUGCGAGGAAAUUUCGAAUUACUUUCGCGCUUAAUUCUGAUCCGGUUGUCAGAGCCAUGUUAAGAUAUCUCUGAGAGUGGCCGCCAUGGUAGCAAGGUUCCGCUUUUUGUCAAUAUGCCAGUGCAUGAAUAUCCCA